GUCGGGGUGGCCGAGGUGAGAAACUGGCGGUGCUGCUGCCUCGGCAGCACCUGUUGGUGCCGGAGCCUCGUGCUGGUGUGCGUGCUGGCCGCCCUGUGCUUCGCUUCCCUGGCCCUGGUCCGCCGCUACCUGCAGCACCUCCUGCUCUGGGUGGAGAGCCUCGACUCGCUGCUCGGGGUCCUGCUCUUCGUCGUGGGCUUCAUCGUGGUCUCCUUCCCCUGCGGCUGGGGCUACAUCGUGCUCAAUGUGGCGGCCGGCUACCUGUACGGCUUCGUGCUAGGCAUGGGGCUCAUGGUGGUGGGCGUCCUCAUCGGCACCUUCAUCGCUCAUGUGGUUUGCAAGCGGCUGCUCACCGCCUGGGUGGCCGCCAGGAUCCAGAGCAGCGACAAGCUGAGCGCCGUUAUCCGUGUCGUGGAGGGAGGAAGCGGCCUGAAGGUGGUGGCGCUGGCCCGGCUUACUCCCAUACCCUUUGGGCUUCAGAAUGCAGUGUUUUCGAUUGCUGAUCUUUCCUUACCCAACUAUCUGAUGGCGUCUUCACUUGGACUGCUUCCGACUCAGCUUCUAAACUCGUACCUGGGCACCACCCUGCGGACGAUGGAAGACGUCAUUGCAGAACAAAGUGUUAGUGGAUAUUUUGUCUUUUGUUUACAGAUUGUUAUAAGCAUAGGCCUCAUGUUUUAUGUGGUCCAUCGAGCUCAAGUGGAAUUGAACGCAGCUAUCGUAGCUUGUGAGAUGGAACUGAAAACCUCUCUGGUUAAAAGCAGUCAGCCCGAUGCCAGUGGCUCUUCCUUCUACAGCAAGAGGACCCUCACGUUUUCUGGAGCAAGAAGCAUAAGGCUUAGAGAAAGCCACGGCACUGUACACGUAUGAAAUCCUGUGUGAAGGACACAGCAGCAUAACCUGUCGAAUCCACUCAGGAAUAAAUGGUGACUCAGUGAA